AGAAUAAUUAAAACACCACCUAAACAUCUGCAGCAACACCAAAUCAUUGAACGAUACUCCCAUUGUUCAGCUUCACAUUGCUGUAAUAUAGGAUAUCAUUCCAGAUUAAAGAAAACCUCCAUUGAUACGGUCGAUCCGUUUGUUCCAUUUAAAACCACUAGAAAAUCCCCAGAAGAUAUUCUCCUUAUCGCUUUCUUUCAUCAAGAAAAGUCAUAGAACCCAGAAACACUCACAAAUAUAUCUUAUUUAAGAGAUAAACGUGGAUAUAUAUAGAGAGAGUUAUGAUGCUAUGGAGAAGAAGUUGAGGGAGGUAGGGCAGAGAGAUGGCGAGAAGAGAGUGGGGCCAUAAUGGGAGAGGCAAAUGGUGUUCGUACAAGAGGACGACACUCAUUGUUUGUUCCGUCAACAUUUUCGUUGCUCUCUAUGUGCUUCGCAAUCUCUACACUUCUGUUUACGUGUACCCGUUCAGUGAUUCCCAUACCUCGUUUAGGUACACCUCAGACCAGAUCAGGAAAAUGGAGGAAUCAGAUCAAAUACGAAAAGCAUCAGAACCUACCGAACUUAAUAACUUGGUAAGACAACUAAAGAAAGAUUUCUUAAAAGAAGAAAAAGUGUUGGAACUGCCACAGCACUUGAAACAGAAGUUAGCAGAUGAGAUUCUAGUCAGGUUAAGAAGCUUGAAUGCUGGUGCCACUGCAACCGUGCAACAAGAGGCAGUUGAAAGCUGGCGGAAAGAAAAACUAAAAAAUGUAAAGAGACUUGGUGGUGGGAAAAUAUUGAAUUCAACGAUUUUGCCUGAGGAAGCUGGCAUUGUUGCCAGAGCUUUGGGUUCUGAUUGGGCAGAGUUAUUAGAAAAUUUUGGCCUCUGGAUUCCGAUCAAAAUCAUUAAUAAGGAACAUGAUGACAAACCUGAGGGUGAAGAGGAGUUUGACAGUCGAAUCCUACCAGGCAGACAGCUCCCUCUUGAAUGCCAUGCCGAAGUUCAUACAGACUAUGGUGGUGAUGCUGUCAGGUGGGGCCUUACCCACCAUAAAGAGUCUGCAUAUGAAUGUUGUAUGGCCUGUUUGAAUCAAGCCAAACGGGCCAAACCUGGUGAAAAGAGAUGCAAUAUAUGGGUUUAUUGCCCAUCGGAGACUGGAUGCCACUCUCCAGAUAUUUAUGAACACAAAAAUCAAGAAUGCUGGUUGAAAUAUUCGAAGAAUCCCAAAUCAACUUUUAAGGACAGGUAUCCUGAAUCUUAUAGAAAUGCACAUCCAAAUGCGCCAUUAAUUGUUCCAUGGGUAGCUGGCGUGAUCAGCGUCUGAGUUAUUUCUACUAACGAAUAGGCGGCAAAGCUGAAAGACUCCAAGAGAACUUGCAAACUGUGCCAGUAUAACCAUGAAUGUAUUUUACGCCUCUUAGUGUGAGGUUCUCACUGGUCCAUAGUCGUCAUUGUUUGCUUGCUCUCAACUCUUCGCGCGUCUUGUAAACAUUGGUGCGUUGGAUUUUGUAUUACAGAGUACUUGGAUUUGUGCUGAUGGAUUUAAAUUGGAAAGUCCAAUGGCAAGGAUAAUGUGAUCAAGAUAUAUAGACAAAAACUGAUAACAGCCUUUUGCUUGUGCAUGUGGUACAAAUUGGUACUGAUAUAAGAGAUUAUUACUAGUCAUUUGUUU